AUGAUGAGAGGCACCCUGCUGCAUGUGUUGAGAAAUGCGAUUAAUCUUGUCCUGAAGUUCUUCAACCUCCUCCUAAUUGACUUGGCGGGUAUGCACCUUGAGGAUAUUGUCCGUAACCCGCUUGUGGGUAUUGUUGCGGGCAUCUUGAGCAAGGGAACCAGCAAUCGCACCACCGAUGGUUCCAAGGAAGCCGUGAUUGGCUUUGUGGCCAGCGAAACCACCGACAGCACCACCGGCGAGGGCACCGGCAAAACCACGCUCAUCACCCUGGGCUUCGCCAGGGGCGGUCUGUUGCUGCUGCUCGUGGGUACUGUUGCGGAUAUGAUUGUUGAUAGGCCUGGGGAGGGCUCUGGGGAGGUGGAGGCCCUUGAGGGUAGCCACUGGCAUUCCCAUUUUGGGAGGAAGUUCCAUACUCAAAAUAUCCACUUACCCUUCAAGGAAGAUACUGCGACGAAAUGUCAAAGCUUUGUCCUUCAUUGGGCCACAUUUUAG